AUGGCUAAGUGUAUCCAGGACAUCGUUCUGGCCGGGGAGGCUCCCCAACAGAAGGCCACCAGCUUCAAGUCGUACACUACGACCAUCCACGCCACGCAGCUAGGUGGGGAUCUCCCCGCGGCGAAUACCAUCGUCCAACUGUCUGCCAAUAGUCGGGUGCCGGCGUAUGUCAACGGUGUGUAUUACGUGCUGUCCGCCGCACCCGUCGAGGUGCCUACCGAUGCGACGGGCGCCCUGGCCGUGGUUGAGGCCACCGAUAGCCUCCACGCAUCCGUGUUGACGGCCAAGUUGACAAAUACCUCCCUUACAAUCAACCCGAUGGAUCACACCUUCGACAAGCUCGCCGCUCUCAACUCUGCCGACAAGCUGCGUGCUGCCGCAUUCCCCAAUCAGACCGUUGCAGGCGGAGUGGUCGGAUCGCCCGACUCUAUCCCCCUGGUUGACUCCUCGAUUGACGAUGGCACCGUUGAGGCGGUGGCGCAACAUCUGAGCGUCUUCAAAGAUGCGUACCAGAAUAUCAAGAAUCCCCAGAGCCCUGCCUCCAGUCCAUCAGCAACCACACCGUCCGCAGUUCAGGCUCCGGCCACGACGACAUCGCUGAAGGCGGCGACGGUGGCCCACUCAACCUCCUUCUGUCAGAGUCGACCGGCUCCCUUGCAUCCUGUCUCCUUGCACGCCAAGAAUGUGCACGUCAGCAAUUUCAGCUUCCUGGGUGAUCUCGGUCGAGCCCUAGACCACAUCAGAGAUGAGAUCGGAGGGCCCGUGGGUACGGCUGUGCAUGCGGCCGGCGAUAUCGGAAAGGCGGUGGAUGGGGUCGUGGAUGGCGUGGUGCACACUGCAGAGAAGGUAGGCGACGCCAUCGCCAACACCGUGGGCAAUGUGAUCCACUCCGUCGGAGACAUCGCCGACGCGGUCGGACACGCCAUCACAACCGCUGCGGGAGACGUCUUACAGUGGGUCAAGCACGAGGUGAAGAGCGUCGGGCGGGUGAUUCACGACACCGUCACCGGGACUCUGCAUCUAAUUGCGCAGAUCGGGGACAAGGUCUACCACGCGGUCCUGGAUACGGCCCACGCGGUGGUCGGGGCGGUGCAGUGGGUCUUUGACAAGGUCAAGACCGGGAUCGAGAAGUUGAUCCAGUUCGUGGAGAUGCUCUUCCACUGGGAUGAUAUCCGCCGCUGCAAGGAUGUCAUGCACAACACCAUCAAGCUCUACCUGCAGAACGAGGUCGAGUACAUCCGCACGGCCCGCGACUUCCUGGAUCGGGAGAUCGGAAAGGCCCAGCAGAGUCUGAAUCAAUGGAGUGGCAUCACCGAUUGGUCGGGUCUGGGGGAUGCAUCGACCAAGGUCGUCACGGCUAGUGCUUCGAACCCGCACAAGGACCAGACCUCGGCCUCGAAAUUCCUCGCCCAUCACUAUCAGAACAAUGCGAGCCAGAUGACCGUUGUUGGGGACCACCCGACCAUGGACGCCGUCGAGCAGUUGCUCUCGGACCUGAUCCAGGCCAUCGCUCAGGAAGGCCACGUGCUGGAGGGGGUCUACAAGGGACUCGUGCAGCUGGCCCACGACUUCAGCAGUCUGAGCGUGGAGGCCAUCCUGCGCCGAGUGGUCGGCAUCCUGGCCGACGGGGUCUUGUCCAGCGUGCAGGUGGUGGUCGACGCGGUGCUAAACCUCCUGUACGAUGUAGCGGAGGUCGCCAUUGCCCUGCUCGACACCAAGAUCCACAUCCCGGUGGUUUCCGACAUCCUCAACGCCGUGGGUGUCCCCGACAUCUCCUUGCUGGACCUGCUGUGCUGGAUCGCCGCUGUGUCCUUCACCGUCGUCUACAAAGUGGCCUACCAGCACGCCCCCUUCCCCGCCCACGACCCGGCCGUCCAGACCAUCGUGUCCGCCAGUCACUGGAAGACGGUUGCGGAGGGCUUCCAGCGCUCCGACCACUCGCUCAAGCGGCCCACCUUCCAAGGCUUCCACGGGACGAGCGCGCUCAUGGCCCUGAUCGGGAACCCGCUCAACGAGAUCGACGCCAUGUCCGAAGCCGGCAGCGGCGGCUUCCUCUCCAAGGCGACCUCGGUCUUCAAGGUGGUGAUCAGCGUGUCGCAGACGGUGGCGGACGAGCUCGUGCCCCAGGACCCGCUGCAGAACGGGUCCAUCAAGACGAUCUCGCACGUCACCUCGGCGCUGGGGCUGCUGUGCUCGCUCUACUUCUCGGGUCUGGGCCAGAAGGCCGUCGGCAAGAUCGGGGUGGGCUCGAUGAGCGCCAAGAGCACGCGCGGCAUCGGCGCCCUCGUCGGCGUCAUGCUGAUCCCCUUCAAGCUGGUCACCUCCGGGUUCCAUUUCUUCGAGCUCAGCCAGGAUGGCGCCGGGGACAUGCGCUCCGCGGCGAUUCUGGGCGAGGUGUCCAACCUCACCUCCUAUGCGUCGCGGAUCGCCUACGCGGUGGUGGUGAAUGACGAGGACCCGGAGACCCGCGCGGUCGCGGUCACGGUCAAGGCGUUCUGCGAUCAGGCUUAUGCUGGGCUGCAGGUUGCGGAGACGGCGGCGGGUUAUCUCUGA